UUACACACCCGCGCACCGAUUGCCAGCGUCCGUUGAUGCGAUGCGUGGGGAUCAGAAGUGGAGAAAACGUGGCUGCUCUUAAGCCGAUUUAGUUAAAAGGAUUUGCAACGUUUAUUUGUGGUUAGAGUGCGGUGAAAAGGUGCUUAUUAAAAAAAGAAGUGAAACCAAUAGCAGUAAGAAGACGUCGCCGAAUGGAAUUGUGUCUUACCAAAUGCAUAGUCGGUAAAGAAUGGUGAAUGGUGUGAAUGGUUCUAAGGAAUUGGCAUAAAUGUGAAUUGAAUCUACGUUUCCACAAAGCGCAGCAAUUUAUUUUAAUCGAGUGAUGCAUUAGCGUGAAGAGAUAAUUGCGUGCGAUAGUUUAAAUCGUUCAACGUUGAUAGACCAGGAAUAAACAAAUCAACAAGCAUUGCAAUUUGGAUUAAGAUAGUGUCACUCUUGGAAUUGUGCAGAUGCUAAUACAGAUGCCGAAAGGAUGAUCACCGGCUCGUAAAUCAGCGACGAAAUCACACAGAUCAAAAUUUGUGCACUUUGGAAUUAAUUAACAGCCGUGAAAAUGCAACCAACAGUAGCACAUAUUUGUGAAAUGAGCAACAGUAAAUGAACAGGAGAUAAAUCGGGACUAAAAACAAAACCAACAGGUCAGAAUUCCUUCGCGAUAUUUUCCCUCGAAAAUUGUAUAAAUCGCCCUCAUCUGUCCCCUGUCAGGCCACUCACAUGAUUCCACCGCACCCGGUGCGCGGACGGAACACCAUCACGACCGUCCGAUCGGGGAAACCAGUUUAGACCCGAUGAGAGGCUCUGAGAUGGUGACAUGUUGCUGCCAGAUCAAACGUACGAACAGGCCAGCAACCAUCAUCGGGACUACUUACGGCGUUCAUAUGAUAAAUUCAACCGAAUCAUCGAUCUGAAAGAAAUCGAUGUCAAGCGGCUGCACCGCAACAUUUUCGACAGCGACAACGUGGACGAGUUCGUGGUGCUGACGAAUAAUGAGAUGAAAUUUUGUCAGGCCAGUCGAAGCGGUAGCAGCAGCUUGCCGAGCGGACUUGGCGUGAGUGGGCCCGGAUCGAGCGGGGACAGUGGCGGUGGCAAGAGCCCGGGCAAAGAAGACACAGACAGUGCUAUUUGGAGCACCAGAGAACAAUUGAAAAGCAAGAAUGACAAUGGCGAAAUUGUAUCGUCGAAUGUGGUAACAAGUCUCGAAGGAUCGUCCUCAGGGCGAAAGAGCCGGGUUGGCGAGAGGAAAAGUACAGGACGGAGGCGUCAACGCUCAACGAGACGACCGAACGACAGCAGUAGCAGUACAUUGAGCAGCGAUAUCCAAACGGACGCUGGCAGCGAGGUUGAUGGCGACGACCCGUGGCAGGAUGGACCCUCUGACAUCCGGAGGAGCGGGGAUGAACUGGAAAAUGAUUACGACAAGACGUCGGAUUUCUUCAACAACAUUCCGGAGUUUCAAGGUGAAUCGCUGGGUCCGUUCAGUUUGAACAACAAGAACGAUUUGAACAUCAGAACCAACAUUGAUAUCCUGCGUGCUUGUGAGUUGUUUCUGAUGCGCAACCGUAUCCGGCCGGACUUUUUCUGCAAGUACAAAACAGCCGUCAAUGCCUCCGUUUCGGCACCUCCUUCGUUUCCGCUGUCCGGCACGAGAACGCCCGUCGAAAGCAUCAAUCGUAAGCCAAAAAGCGUGUCUCCACCGAUGCAACGGCCGCCAUCCGCUGCUCACCACCACCGUACGAAUCUGGGGACAUCGGCCAAAACCAGUGCGGCGAUCAAUGCGCUCUACAGCGUGCCGAACCGGGCCGGCAAGAGGAGACGAUUUAUUGCGACUGCAAACACAGGUAAGUGACUGGCGGCGGUGAACGGUGGCGGUUUUGGAAUAAGUAAUGCUUUGAUUGAUAUGAAUGAUACACGUUUUUGCGAAAUGAGUUCAUUAUUUUAAUUUAAUAAUUUUUGGUAUGCUGUAUAGAUCUAUUUACUUUCAUUUACUACAACCUGGGAUUUAAAUUGA